UUCACAUUGUGGUUUUUUUAUCUUGAAAAGGCAGAAUUUGAUAUUGGUGUUCUAGAUUGCUUGAUUGUUCCAAAGUUUUAUCACGAUCAGUCUAUGAUUUUUUUAAUUGAUCAAUUGAUAGUUCUAGUUUGAAAGGAACAAUGACCAGUUCUAGUUGUUAGUGCUCUAUUGGUAUAGGAAGUGAUUUUUUUUAUAAGUAAUUUGGUAGUUUAUUUCUUCGACUAGACUAGAAAUUUGUCGAUCAAUUAACUAUGUCUUGCAAAAUAUUCCAAGUCCUGACAAGACGAAAAACUGAUUCAGACGAUGAUGGCAAAACUAAAUUGGACAGAUGUUUAGGACUUUUAGAUUUGACUGCUCUAGGUGUAGGUGCUACAUUGGGUCUCGGAGUAUACGUUCUAGCAGGAUCAGUGGCAAAAACCGUUGCAGGACCAGCGGUGUGUUUGUCGUUUUUGGCUGCUGCAGUGGCUAGCGCUUUUGCAGGUGUUUGCUAUGCAGAAUUCGCCGCCCGAGUACCCAAAGCUGGCUCAGCGUACGUUUAUAGCUACGUAACAGUUGGCGAAUUUAUAGCUUUUGUGAUCGGUUGGAACUUGAUUUUGGAAUACGUGAUUGGUACUGCUAGUGUAGCUAGAGGAUUGAGCAACUACAUUGACGCUUUAGCUGACAAUAAGAUAAGCGAAGCAUUUUUAAGGUGGCUACCCAUAAAUAUGUCCUACUUAAGCCCUUAUCCUGAUUUUUUAGCGUUUACUGUUGUGUUGAUAUUGACAGGUUUAUUGUCCUUUGGCGUUAAGGAAUCAUCGAUGUUGAAUAAUCUGUUUACUGUGCUCAAUUUGCUGACUGUAGCUAUAGUGCUUGUCUGCGGAUCAAUAAAAGCGGACACAGACAACUGGAAAAUUCCCCAAGAGCAAAUUCCUGAAGGCUAUGGUACAGGAGGAUUCAUGCCAUAUGGCAUAGCAGGCGUCAUGGCAGGAGCAGCCAAAUGUUUUUACGGCUUCGUAGGAUUUGACGCUGUCGCCACCACUGGGGAAGAAGCUAAAAACCCGCAAAAAGAUAUUCCCUUGGCUAUUGUUAUAAGUUUGCUGGUUAUUUUUGGAGCGUACUUUAGCGUUUCCACUGUUUUGACCAUGAUGUGGCCAUAUUAUUUACAAGAUGUUAACGCUCCUUUUCCUUACGUUUUCGAGCAAGUAGGUUGGACGACAAUCAAAUGGAUAGUAACUAGUGGUGCUGUUUUUGCUCUGUGUACUAGCAUGCUGGGAGCUAUGUUUCCGCUUCCUCGUGUAAUUUAUGCAAUGGCUAAUGAUGGAAUUGUCUUUAAACCUUUAGGCAAAAUCAAUAGUUGGAGUCAGACUCCUAUUAUUGCUACCAUACUAUCUGGCGUGUUUUCAGGAUUUAUGGCAAUGAUUUUUGAUUUGGACCAACUCAUUGACAUGAUGUCUAUCGGUACAUUAUUAGCUUACACCAUAGUUGCAAUUUGUGUGUUAAUUUUAAGGUAUCAAGUAGACGAAACUAAAGUGAUAAAAAAUUUGGACAAAGAUGCCAACGUAUACAAUUCAACAUUUUUCAACGGAUUUGUAGAAAUAUUCAAUCUGCAUAAUAAUAAGGAGGCUAACCCCCGUACCUCGAGAAUCACCAAUUGGAGUAUAGUUAUUUUCAGCAUAUUCUCAGCUCUCUUCGCUUCAAUUGUCAUAAACGUACCCAGUACCAUCUUCGUGGAACCAUUCUACUGUGUUGGUUUCGUAGUGAGUCUAGUUGCUAUGCUGGUUUUGAUGUUUGUGAUUGCUAGACAACCUGUUGCAGAGAUUGAGUUGUCUUUUAAGGUUCCCUUAGUUCCUUUUAUACCAUGCAUCAGCGUUUUUUUCAAUUUGUAUUUGAUGCUAGAGCUGGAUCUACAUACUUGGAUUAGAUUUAUUGUAUGGUUGAUCCUUGGUUUCAUGAUAUACUUCUUUUAUGGAAUCAGGAACAGUGUGGAAGGCAAAAAACUCAGAAAUCAAGAUCAACCUUUGAGAGACAGCAUAAAAUCUUUUCCAAAUAAAGAUACAAUGAGUAUCGGAUCUUAUUCACCUUACAAUCCUAAAUAAGCAAUAAGUAUGGAAUGGAGAAAAUGGAAAUUCAGGAGAGUUAAAUACUUCUUUGGAAAAUACUGUGGGUAUUUAUUUCUUCAAAGAUGGCAUAUUUUUGACUUGAAAAAUACCUACAUAAAAUGACAAAAAUUUUAAGAUUUCAACAUGAAUCCCAUGAGAAUCCCAUUAUAUUUUUUUUUUGUGUGACUCUUUUUUAUUAUUUAUUAUAUUAGUUAUAUUAUGUGUGCGACACAAAGUUUUUAUCGAAAUUUGCUAACUUGUGAUAUCAGUAAACUUAGUACUUAAUUUUGAUAAUAGAGUAAUAUAUUUUUAAAUGUAAAAAAAAUACUUUUAGUGCUAUGUCUCUAAAAAAAGUAGCUAUUUUAGAAAGCAUUUGAGACGUCGUAUCCAGUAAUUAAAUAAAAUAUUUUUUUUAAAGAGAA